AUGUUUGAAGGAGGUGGAUAAUAUCGAAUUUUUCAAGAAUAUAUAAAGAAUCUACAAUAUGACAUCUGUUAUUUUUUAAGACCCUAAAGAUCUAAUGAGUGCUUAAUUGCUUUCAAAAUUGAAAAAUACAAAAUUUUGAAAUCUUUAGAAUGUUCUUUUGAUUAGUUGGCUUUAGAUUAUGGACUUCCUCCCUUAAAUCUAAGGAUGAAUGUAUUUCAAAUUGUUAGAUGUAAGUAAUUUCUCACAAGAUGAUAAGUUUAAAAAAAAAUAAUUCAAAAUAGGAAACAUUCAUAAAUUUUGGAAUUCAAAAAAAAAACGACUUAGGUUGUUAAACUUGUUCAAUUCAUGGAAGCAUAAAAAGAAUUUGACGAUCAAAUAAUAAUAUUUUGUGGAGAUUUAAAUAGUCUACCCAAAUUGAAUCCAAUUCAAUACAUUUAAAAAAAUUAUCCAAUUGUUGAAGAAUAGAAAUGUCUACAAAUUAAAUAUAGCUUUAAAAUGAUAUAUUUUAACAUUAUGGUCCUCCUAAACUAAAUUGGGAAAGUGCAUAUCAUCCAUUUCCUAAGUUUACUAAUUAUACUAAAAAUGUAAACUUACUUAAAUAAAAUAGUUUAAUGGCUGUAUUGAUUACAUCUUCUAUCAUAAUGCAAAAUAAGAAAAGAUUUUAAAUAUUCCAGAUGAAAGCUUAUUAUAAAAAGAAGUAGCUUUACCUAUUUUGCCUAUUUUUAUUUUCACUCUUGAUAUUAAUGGUUAUUCAGUUUAGCAUACUCAAUAUAUUGUAUAAUCAAUUAUCUCAACGCUAGUAAUAGUUUAUUACUUAUGCUUUAAUGAUGCUGAUUUCACAUUUUCAGCAUCAUAUAUGA